AUGCCGCUGCGCUUUGUCCCAUUUGGUCAGAAGCCGCCGGCGCUCUUUUCCCCGGGCCAUCGGAUGCAGCAGCCUCAGCUCACUCGACACAAGCGGAUGAAUGUCUUGCCGAUGUUCCUGAACGUCUUUGUCCCUUGGGCAAUCUUCGUGUACUGCUUCAGCCUUAGUUCCUCCUACCUGAUGUACAAGACUCCAAUUCUGGCGUGGCUAUGUAUUUCCGCUGUCUUUGUGAUUUGGGUCGUCUUCGUCCUGGCAGCCUUCUGCGCUCGGAAGUAUGACCCAGAUCCCACUUGGUUCACUUUCUUUAGCGUGCUCGCAGCCAUCUGCGUUGUUUGGGGCAUCCUCGCAGGGUUGGCAAACCUGCGAACCUACGAGGAUCCCUACUACACCCUCCAAGAAAUGCGCGACGCCAAGGGAAGCAACGGUGCCGGAGUGAACCCAUCCCUUGUGUCCGGUGAAGAUGAAAUGGACGCCGGCAUUCUGACCUUCGAGCCAGGAAGCAUGUUUGAUGCUGACAAGACGUGGCACUUCACGAAGGGGACUCUCUACUGUGUGGCCCCUAUCAUCGGGCCUGGUGUUUCCACACCCUUGCGGCAGACGUACGACUUCUGGGCCGUAGGACUUUGCCUCACAUCGCCACACGCUGUGUGCAUACCCUUCGUUGUACUCGCUGUGGCAAGUUGA